GAAAUUCCGUUCCUGUUGCAAUCAGUAAUCCCUCCGUGGAGGCUGCUUUCUCGUGAGUGUGUGUGCGCGCUUUCUUUUGUGUCACUUCAAGAAGGGCUCUGAUAUUAUUAUUACUUUAAAUAUAGCUUGCCCCUGGGGCGGGGAAAUGCACAAGGAAAGAGCCGGCGAGCAGCCUAUCUCUCAGAAGAAAAGAGCAAGCCUCGCAGCACAGGAACUGGCUUCACUCAAGUGUGCAGUUUAGAAGUAAAAAAACUAUUUGAAAUACCACCAUUGUGGAGGAGGCUGAAGAAAAAAGACACAGAACUGGAUAAACACAGCGAAGAAUAUGGUAAACCAAGGUGCAAAGUGCAUCUGUUUGCAGUUUGAAAGUGGGCUCUGAAGUGCAAUGUAAGUCUUCCUUAAAUUGUAUUCUUUUAUAACAGUAUCUAGUUGUUUAAUUUCCAUUCUGAAGCCAUGCUGGGCCAAAAGGUACAAUUAGCUACAAAAAUCAGCAUAGAGCAGAAUGUGUAGUCUCUGAUAUGAGGCUGAACACGAUUCUGAAAUACAGCAGAAGACAGACACUAUCAGCCAUAUUAUGGAAGAGGCACUAUAAAUAAGACCAUAUUUAAUUAUUUCAAGAGAAAGAUGCUGGAUGGAAUCAUUAAUCAACUUUUUUAAUAGAGAAGCAAGAGCUUUGCUGUUUAAUAUGGCAAGCUAUUUUAAUACUGCUGUGUUUAAAAUUGUGUGAUUACAGUUACCAAUAGCAAUAAGAUGUAGCUCCAGAGGGGAGUCCUAGUAGUUGCAAAAGUUUUAUAUCUUUUAUUUCUCCAACAUUUUUGCUCUCUGAAGCCUCAAGUCCACAUUCUCUAUCCUACAGCCUGGUUUUACUUUUCAGCUGGAUUUCCAAUAUGUCAACACUGGACUUUCUAUGGAACUGAAAACAAAACAUUUCAGCUUUCGGAGUAAUUCUAGUAUGUUUUUCUACACCACACUAGUUGCAAAAAUACAGUCGACAAAAGAUUAUGCUCGCUCAACUUCUGGCAUGGAGAGCUGAGGAAUAUAAUGCCCAAUGGUGAAAAAAGGUGAUAAUUUCCUGGUUUUCAAAAUUUAUUUCUGUGGUUUUGGACUUAGCAAUGGAUAUUCUUUGUGAUGGAGAGAGCCUUGUGAACCCAACUGCAAACUCCUUCAUACAAAUAAAUCAUGAGAGAAGAUUCUACAGAAAUGUUUGUGGAGCUGGAGGAAUUAAUAUAUCACAUCUCUGCAACUUGACUGUGAACUCUGACAACCUAACCAAUCUUUCAUGUGAAAGUAACAUGAGCCCACCGUGCUGCCCUUCACAGAAAAACUGGCCAGCUUUGCUGACAGUGAUAGUGAUUGUUUUAACCAUUGCUGGAAAUAUUCUUGUCAUCAUGGCUGUUUCACUGGAGAAAAAACUACAGAAUGCCACUAACUAUUUUCUAAUGUCACUUGCAAUAGCUGAUAUGCUGCUGGGUUUCCUUGUCAUGCCUGUGUCCAUGUUAACCAUACUGUAUGGAUACGAGUGGCCUCUGCCUAGGAAGCUCUGUGCCAUUUGGAUCUACUUGGACGUGCUCUUCUCCACGGCGUCCAUCAUGCACCUCUGCGCCAUCUCCCUGGAUCGCUACAUUGCCAUCCGGAACCCCAUCCACCACAGCCGCUUUAACUCAAGAACUAAGGCUUUCGCCAAAAUAAUUGCUGUUUGGACCAUAUCAGUUGGUAUCUCCAUGCCUAUCCCUGUCUUUGGACUACAAGACGACUCCAAAGUAUUUAAGAAAGACAUAUUUAAGAAAGACAUCUGCUUACUCGCAGAUGAAAAUUUUGUUCUAGUAGGCUCUUUUGUGGCAUUCUUCAUCCCUCUGACCAUCAUGGUAGUCACUUACUUUUUAACUAUCAAGUCGCUGCAGAAGGAAGCUAUGCUAUGCGUGAAUGACAUUGGCCCUAAGACCAAGUUUGCUUCAUUCAGCUUCCUCCCUCAGAGUUCCCUGUCCUCAGAGAAACUCUUUCAGCGCUCCUUGAACAGAGAUACAGGGACUUCAGGGAGGAGAACCAUGCAAUCCAUCAGCAAUGAACAGAAGGCUUCCAAGGUCCUUGGCAUUGUCUUCUUUCUGUUUGUUGUGAUGUGGUGCCCAUUUUUCAUCACCAAUGUGAUGGCUGUUAUUUGCAAGGAGUCAUGCAAAGAAGAGGUCAUUGGAGGACUCCUUAACGUAUUUGUUUGGAUUGGCUACCUUUCUUCGGCCGUCAACCCACUCGUAUAUACGUUGUUCAACAAAACCUACCGCUCAGCUUUCUCUCGCUACAUCCAGUGUCGCUACAAGGAGGAGAAGAAACCUUUCCAGCUGAUCUUAGUGAACACUAUCCCAGCACUUGCAUAUGACUCCAGCCAGCUCCAGCUAGCACAGAUGAAGAGUUUGAAAAAAGGGGCAAAAAUGAUGGCUAAGGAUUACUCGACGGUCACGAUAGGCACACAUCGUUUAGAUGGUACCUCCAAGGGAAGUAUUGGCCCAGGGAAUGAAAAGUGUAUUGCUGUUAAGGCAGAUUGCUCAGGAACGGUCAGAAGAUUGCACUACCAGGACUCAGCCUUAAUGAAAGAUGUAUGGGCAUAUGGGGCUCACUUGAAAAAUAACAGGACCUGUAAACAACAUUACAUUUCACCUGCAGAGAUCCAAGGGCAGAAAACAUUGCAUAAAGAACAUAAGAUACAUUGCUUGACGGACAUGGCUAGGCAUGAAAUUCUUCUCUUUCAGGCAUCAUAGCCAAUGUCACUGAGGCCAGUGGGACUUUGCUGAAGAGGAGAAAUAUAAGUGCUGCAUUCACAUGCAAAGCUUAAAUCAAGCCAUCUGAGUCAUUCCAUGAAUUUUGCAGCUAUAAUCUCAUCAGAACCAGGAUGUAUUUCAGUUUCUCUGGAAAAAACACUGCCCACCCAGACACAAAACCUCAAUGCUUUCAUCCGUUCCUUCUACUGAAGUUGUUCAGUUUUUACAGAGCAAUUAAAUUUCCACUAAGUCAAAGAAGGAGAGAGACAGAGAGAAACCUUAUUCUAGCCUACCAAGUGAGAGUCUUUGGAAGAAGAAGGUCUUUAGCUUAAGAUACUGUGACAGACAAGGACUUAAAAAUUUGCUGGACAUUUGAUUUCCAAGAAACUAAUUUAUUGUCAUAUAUAUAGUAUAACUAAAUCUGCUAUUUUUAUGAGCCUUUUCCUCUGACAUGGGAUACAUAGUACCUACUGUGCUCUGGCCACACAGAAGCUCUGCAUGCACUUGAUGACACUGACUCACCCCACAGACCUCAUUCUCCACGUCUGGGAGACAAAGUGUCAUGCUCUAGCCCCACUCGCAGUGAUGAUGCCAUGCAUGUCGUCUGUCAGCUCACAGACAUUCAUGGUUUUCUCCCCAAAACUGGUCAUUUAGGAUGAACUGAUAAUUCAAGUAAAAUAAAUGCUGUGCUCACCAUGUGUUUUAUAUGCUUUCUCUGUCUCUGGGUACAUCUGAUCACCACAGUUAAACUGAACAGCUUCAGCAGAAGCAAAAAUGAACUCGCUGCUCCUGCCUCCUUAUGCACACAUCCCACUCCUACAUAGCAUUUUGUGAGGGGUGUCACACUGGCAAAGAAGGGAUUCCAGGGGGAAUCUGCAAAAUGCAGCUGAGUAGGAAGAUUACCAUAGUAGUAGGUGGGAGCAGUGACUUUCCACUGCUUCCUGUCAAGUUGGAUAUUGACCCUAAAUCUGGUACUUUGAACUAAGGACAAUGCCCAUUUUGUAUCCCACAGUCCAGAUGUCUCCACUCCACAAGGGAGGUGAUGGUUUUGAGGAUUUGCCCUUGGAAACAAGUAUCUCAGGGAAUAAGCAGGCAGUAAUAAAAGCAAAGGUGUUUUGUGAGAAGAGGUCUGAGGCUCUAGAUCUGCCACCAAACCAGAUUGCCUUCAUAUAAUGAGUAUUGACAGGGACUGAAGCUCUCUAAAUCUACACGUGAGGGGAAAGGAAACACAGAAGCUCCCACCAGUGGAGGGAAUCACCACAUUUUUUGCCAUUUAUGUCUGACUUGAUGCAAGUUUCUCUGCCCUUGAGAAAGAAAGAAGUAGGUAGGACAGACAGCUUGGGUCUUACUGCUCAUUUGUGCCAGGGAGCAGAGCUCACCUGCAUCCUGUAUGUAUAUGGCACCCAGCACUUCUCCAGAGCUCCAUUCCUCCCAAAUCUCCUGAGGGUCUGUUUGCUGCUUUGCACAGUCUCCUUCACCCGCUUCACUCAGCUGAUAAGCUGUUACUGAAAAUUUCACAUUCAGUGCUUAUGCUCUCCACUUACUGUCUGCAUUUUGCCCAUGUGGCAGAGCAGAUCAGCCCUCUGUUUCUCUUUCAUUUCACCUCCUGUUCCUCAUUCACAAUGUCAAAUUGCUCAGGUUGCAAAUACUGACAGGGAAUGUUUCGCUACAGUCACAGAGGCUUUCAACUACUGGCUUGAAGUUUCAGUACAAGAUGACUCUGAACAAUCAUUUUUUUCCAGCUUAUUAAAAUAAAACCUGUGUUUUGGACAUAAGAGACUUGACGGCAUUUCAUUAAUUGACAGCUGGAGAGAAUAUGACACUUCCUUUUUGCUUAGAAGCAGGAAAACCUGAUGCCUGACAUUUUGAUUCUGGAGCACUCCAAGAGAUGGCUUUAUUGAGUGAUCAGCAGCUUUUGUCUAAGAAGCCUCUCAAGGCCAAGAAUGCACAGCAGAUAAAGACCAAUAUCUCUAGCUCUUUAUGGGCAUUUUUGACAGCUUAGAAAGGCCUGAUUCUACCACCCUGCAUCAAAAUAUUAAUAGAUUUUUGUGCAGUUUUCCUUAGUGAGGAUGACAGAGUCAGGAUAUGAAUUUGUUCUAGCCACCAUGCCAAAUCUGCUAGAGGUUGUUCAUCAGUAGAUAGCAAUUAAUGGGCUCAUUAUACUGCAGACAGAUGACAGAGUUCAGCUGUUUUAAACUAGGAUUUACAGCACUUGGCCCACGUUUGGAAUAAACACCAUAGUUUUAAUACGACCAGCUUCAGAGCAACGUUUCCAUCUUCCAAAAAACUGUGUUUUCAUUAUGCAUCAGACUGGAAUAGAAUUUUUUGUAAAUUUUCAGGUUAAAAAAAAAGAGAAGACAUUCAUACAGACUGGUUCAGAGGUUAGGGCCUUCUCCUACUUCACAGGAAAAGCAUGCUGAGUCAGUCUGUAAUAUCUGCAUCCAAAAAAACCACUUCAUCUGAAAAAACUUUUCAGCAUCAAUUUUUCAAGCAGAUUGACAUUUUAUUACUGUUAAGACUGCAUCUGAAAAAUGUCCAAAGACAUGAAGCUCACCAUGUAUCUCCUAAGCUGGUGUGCAUCCUUUUUACACUUCAGGGUAAAAAAUUCUUAUGUAUCUAUCCCAUCCAGUCAACCAUGCACUGUACUUAUGUAAUUAUUUCCAGACGGUGAGAUGCAUUCUAUUUUGAAUACCUAUAUGUUUGCUUAUGUAAAUACAUAGAGAAAAAAGAUUGCUGUAUUUUGUAAUGUUAAUGUAAAAAGGUGUUUCAAUGCUUUACUGUUCUGUCUGAUUGCACUGCUAGUAAAGCAGAUUAAAAUAUUCAAAUGCCAUCAGUUGUUUUAUAAACUGGAGGU